UUCCAUCGUUCUAGGCCAGCUAUUUAGGUGCUUUUGAGUUGCAUCAGCUGCGUUCAACAUCAGACAACCCGGUAACAAUGAAGUCCCUAUUGUUUUCCAUGCUUUUUCUUCUCUCCUUCCUCUUCUUCCUUGCCCACAGUGGUGAGGCAGCUAUUCCAUGUACCACCGUGGAUGCCAACGCAGCUGCAUGCCUCGGAUUUGCUACAGGCAAGGCUGCCAAGCCCUCUUCUGCAUUCUGCGAUGGGCUUCAGCAGCUUGCUCAGACCGUCAAAUCCGUGGAGGAUAAAAAGGCCAUUUGCCGAUGCUUGAAGGUCGGCGCUAAGUCACUUGGAAUUCAAGACAGGUUCUUGUCCAGGAUUCCUCGAGCCUGUAACAUCAAAGUUGGCUUCCCUGUCUUCGUCAACACCAAUUGCGAGAUGAUUCACUAAAUUACGACCGAGUGGAGACAAUGCUCCUUCACACAGCAGUAGUCCAAAUAAAACAGUUUAAAAUGUUACUAUUGGUCUUUUAUGGACCUACACUUUGAUCUUACGCUGCAGUCACAAAUAAUUUUUAGUGGAAUCAUAUCGGUUCACUUCUUGCAUGUUUUGCAAUCUUAA